AGAAAGAAGACCUUGGCUUGAGCCUGAGUUUGAGCUUGAGCUUCCCUCAUGAGGAUAAAACUGUUGAAGUUUCAAACAAUCAUCACCUCAAUAAUCAUUUUACAACUUCAUCUCCUCCAUUGAUAAUGCCUUUCUCUUUCAUCAGCAAAUCGGCUGCCUGGCCACAAGCUCUCCCUUCUUCUUCUUCAGAUGUAAAUGCCACGUGUAGACAUGAUAAGGAAGCAGAGGGGGGAAGCGCGUGCUCCCCAAACAGCACGAUCUCGAGCUCGAGCGGGAAGAGGAGCAUCAGUGACGAGGACAACUAUGGAUGCCAGGUGGACGCUGACAGGGACAGGGCUUGCUCGCGUGGCACUAGCGAUGAAGACGAAGAAGCCGAUAACAACAAUAGUUUUCGAAACAACAAUAACAAGAAGCUGAGGUUGUCCAAAGAUCAGGCCGCCGUCCUUGAAGAAACCUUCAAAGACCACAAUACCCUCAACCCCAAGCAGAAGACGAGCCUGGCAAAGAGGCUCGGGCUGAGGCCCCGCCAGGUGGAGGUGUGGUUUCAGAACCGGAGGGCCCGGACGAAGCUGAAGCAGACGGAGGUCGAUUGUGAGUACCUCAAAAGAUGCUGUGAAACCCUAACCGAAGAGAAUCGAAGGCUACAAAAGGAGGUUCAACAGUUGAAGGCACUCAAGCUUUCUCCGCAACUCUACAUGCAAAUGCCGCCCACGACCCUCACCGUGUGCCCGUCAUGCGACCGUGGAGCCGCACGUCCGUGGGCAAUCAAGCUUUAGUUGGUGUGUGUGUAAGUAAGUGUGCAUUUGCCAUUGACAAGAUUGUAGAGAAUUGUGUUGUUUGUUACCAAUGUUAAUUUGAUUGGGACUAUAUAUAUUUUGUUUCCUUUUUUAACCUUUUGGNGUUUAGUUUGUCAUAGUUAGUGUGAGGUUUCAUCUAUAGUUGUGUAAUUGUGUGUUGAAUUUUUGAUUUGUGGAUCACUUGUUGUAUGUACUUUAGUUUGCUUUAUUGGACAUUUGUGAAACUUAGUGAAAGUAAAGGGGAUUAAUUUGGAGGUAAGUUCAAUCAUACUGCCCACACCGAGUUUUUAUCCGUUGGAUCACACAUAAUCUCCGAAUGAUUAGAAGUCAACUGUAAUUAUAUCUGAGAAGAAAGCCAGAUGUCAUUUUAAUGUUUGGGCCAGAUGGGACUCAGGACAAUUAUGGUGUCCACAAACAUGUGAAAAAUACAUGGUUGCAAUUAAUGUGAACAUAUGCAACACAAUCAAUAAUAGAGGAGCUGGAUUUGAUAAUGUUGGCAAUUUAAAAUUGUGUGCUUAGUUGCAGGCUUG